AUGUUUUAAAUUAUAAUAAAUUAAAUAGAUAUACUAAUAGAGUAUUUAAGUUAAGCGAAAAGAUUAUUUUAAUAAAUUAAUUCUUUCUUCUGUAAAUUUUUGAAGAAAUAGAUGUAAUAAUAAACAAAGAGAUUAUAUACAUAAUAAAAGUAAAACGCAAUUAUAUUAUAUAAUAUAAUAAAUUAAUAAAAAAUAAUAAAAAUUCAAUAAAGAAAAAUAAAAAUGAGCUUUUUAAAUAGAACAAAAUAUGAAGAAUUUAUUAUGAGUAAAAAUUUUGAAAUGAACAUUAAAAAACUAUCAAUUGAAGACCAAAUUUUUCCUUUAAAUAGGAUUUAAAUAAAAAAUUUUAAUUUUUAAGGAAAUGCUUUGUUUUUGCCCACUUAUUUAUAUUAGAGAGAAAAACUUGAAAUUAAUAUUGAUAAUAAAUAAAUCAAUUUGUUAGAUUGCAUGUAUAUUUAUGACAAGGCUGACGAUUAUGUAAUAUUAUAGAUUGUAAACUUUAAAGAUUAUUCGGUAAAAGCAUUUUAAAAAGUUUCUUAUCCUGAUAUUAGUUAUUAUCUUGAAGAGGAAAAAAGAAAAAUUAAGGAAGACAAACAAAAACAAAGAGAACAAAGUCCAAAACUUAGCUGCUGUAAUGAUGAUUCGUCUUUUAAUUUUUCAUUAUUUGAUGAUGAUGAUUAUUAUUAUUAUCAAAAAACAAAUAAGCAGCAGGAUAACUAAUAUUUUACUAUAUAUGGAGAAAUUGUUGGAGGGAAAUAUCUAUUCUUAUGCAUAAAAUCCCAUUUUAAAAUAGAAUUAAAUAUCUUUAAUCUUGAUUUGAGUUUAAUUCUAUAGCAUAAUGUAGAAAAUAUUUAUUGCUAAUAUCCAAAUUAAGAUUAUGAUGAUUAACAUAUAGAUUAUAUAGAGCCUGGUCUAAUAUAUUACUUAUAUAAGACAUAUAUUAUAAAGAUUGAUAUAAAUAAAUAGAUAGUAAUUUCAAAUAGAUUAGAAUAUAAAUUUCCAAAAACGCUACUUUUAAGACUGCUUCCAGUAACUUCAAGUGAAUUUAAAUACUACUUUGGCAAAAAUAAAAAUAGAAAUCUACUCGGCUAUAAUGAAGACGAUGACAAUAAAAUAAUUUUAUUUGUAAUUGCUGAAAAUAUAAUUUAUUAACUAAAUAUGCACAAUUUAGACAUUUUAAGAUAAACCAAUAUAUUUAAUUUCUAUUAGAGUCAAUCAUUACAAUAAAAGAAAGUAGAAUUGAAACAUUUUGGUGUUCAAAAAAUUCUGGUUGUUCCAAUUUAACUUAAAGAAAGACAAAGAAAAAAGUUUUCAAAUUGGACAUUUUUGAUUCAAGCAAAAUAGUAUGGUUACGUUCUUUAGGAUUGGAAGGAGCAAAACUUAUUCAAAAUAGAAUAAUUAAGGAUACCUAAUGAAAUAGUAUGGAAAUCAAAGUAUGAAUUAGGCUUUUUCAUAAAUAACUAAAAUAUAGUUAGCUUUUCGGAUAAAUUAUAUAUUCCAUCUGAAUCAUGCUACAAUCAUUACUAUGAAUUUAAAAUUUUUAAAAAGAAGGGUUGUAGAAAUUUAUCUUACUCUUACUAGUUGAAAGAAACAAAUUUCAAAUUUUAUCACGAAUGUCAUAUAUUUAAUACUCUGCCUCCAAUCAUUUACGAUAAUUUGCUGACAUACCCUAUUUAUACCGACAUGAAUAUUCAGAGCUUAGCAUUUUAUUAGUUUAAAGAAGAAAGUAAGAAAUAAGCUUAAUACAUUUUACAAGAAAUAGAUUAAUCUGAUUACAAAGAAAUUUUUUAAAAUGCUAAUCAGCUAAUUUUUUAAAAUAAAUUUACUGCAUUUGUUUAUAAAUUAGAAAAUAAUAAACUGAAUCAUUAAUAAUUUUGCUAUGAGAGUCAAAUCUAAAACGUUUAACAAUGCUAGCUUAAUCUUUAAAAGUCAGAAUGGAUUUAUUUAAAAAAGGAUGACCAAUAUUUUACUUUGAAUUCGCUUGAAUUAUAAAAUUAGCCAUAAGAAUCGAAGGUAAAAAGACUUUAAAGUCAAAUAGUUAGCUUUUCUCAGUUUCAAUGUGAUUCUUAAAAUAACAAUAUAUUUUUACCUUUGAUUUACCUAAACAACAAAGGAUAAUGUUUUGCUAUUUACGAUGCUACUAAAUAGAUGGUAAUUGAAUAAACAAUUCACAUAACCGAGUACACUAAGCACAUUUUAUCAUACUUUUACUAAUAAAAAAAUGAAUAUAUUUUAAUUUUUAUCAAAGAGUUGCCACACAGACAAAAAUAUUAUUACAAAAAUAUUUUUUUAUUUUUUUACUCAUUGAGUAUGAAAAAUUAUGAAUUUAAAUUGAUAAACUUUAUCCUUUGGAAAUCAGCUCACAUAUAUGAAAUUGAUAUUGAAUUUUCUGAUAUUCAUUUAGGUGCCUAAAAUAAUAUUCUUUAAAUGUUUUACUAAAAUUCUUACAUAGAAUUUGAUAGAAAGAUGAGAUUUGAAAUUAAAAAAUAAAUUAAAACUAAUUUUAAGUUUGAAUAAUAGCAAAAUAUAAAUUUUGUAAAUAUCAGAGAUUCUAAAUAUAUUUUAUAGCAAAAGUAUUAUAAUAAUGGUAGUUAGCAAAAAUACAUAACUAUUUGCGAUAUUGAAUCAAAUUAAUUGAGAUAUAUUGACCUUAACUAUAUCAUUGAGAAAAAUAUAGAACUUAAAAAUGAAAAUAGCAAUUUACCUAUUUUUCUAAUACUCUCUUCUGGUAAGCUAAUGAUUAGCUUUAGGACAGAUAAAAUUUAUCAAAUUUCAUAAUAAUUUUGA